AUGGCCAGCGCCGCACAAAAGUACACCCAGGAUCUUCUGGCUCGGGCGCAUUCGCCAGACAGCGCCAAUCGAAUCUAUUCCGAAAAAAUCCAGCACCGCACGCUCAUUCUCCGACCGACCUCUCCACCCCUAUCUACCGUCAACGCCCGUGUCGCGCGCAGAAAAGCUCGUCAGGAGAAGAAAGCACAGCAGAAACAGCGUCCGAAGCCCCUCUCUUCCCGCGAGCGACGCACUCUGGGUCUUCAUGACAUACCCAAGGAUGGCCAGAAAUAUCACAUAUACGAGCCGCUGAGUCAACUCUGGCUGGGUUACGCCCGGGAACUACUUGGCAACGAUCUAUAUACGGGUGGUCCUGGUGCGGCAGUGAAACUGGCUAGUGCAGAGUUUCAUGGCGCUCCUAUUCAGGUCGCUCGAAGCCACUGCCCGAGCCGGGUUGGCAUUCAAGGGGUCGUGGUUCGCGAUCGCAAAUUCGUCCUGGAGAUCAUUACAAAGAAAAGAGGACUCAAAGUGGUCCCUAAAGAAGGCACAAUCUUCCGUAUCGAGGUACCGGCCGAGAAAAAUGCAAGUGGAGGAGAGGAUAAGGCCGACAAGCAAUUUGCGUUCGAGGUACUGGGAGAUCAGAUGAUGUUGAGGGCACCGGACCGCGCCAACAGGAAGUUCAAAUCACACUUUUUGCCCAACAUCUAA